AUGCUUGUUUCGCUAAAAGUAUUGACAUUUCUUAUACUUUUCCAACGAGUGCUGUAGACAAUUAGAAUGUUACUUCAAAGCAUAGAUCCUUCGAACUAAGGUGCGAGUGUGAGUGUAGGUGUGAGUGUGGGUGGAUGUGAGUGUGGGUGUGACGUAGGUGUGGGGUGUGGGGUGUGCGUGUGGAUAUGGAUGUGGGUGUGAUGUGUGGGUGGGUGUGGGUGGGGUGUGAGUGUGGGUGGAUUUCUUCUUCAGCCACAUCACACCCACACCUACACCCACACCCACCCACACCCACCCACAACAAUAUCGAUGGCCAGUAAGUAUUUUUUGUUUGUUUGCUUGUAGGAGUCAUUCACAGAUAAUUACUUGUUUUUAUUUUGAAAUAAAUAAAGGACCAACUCUAUCAAAUGGCUAAAACAGAUAAUUUUGAAUUAUGUCAACAAUAUCUUCGCAAUUAUUUAGACCUUAUAAAAAAUAAUUGAACCAAUGUGAAUUAGAAUUAAUAAAACAGCAAUCUCAAUUAUGUCCAAUUGCAACAAUAUCAUUUGAUCAAAUCAAUUCUUGUCUUAAAGAAUAUGUUCAUAGUGAACGAAAAUAUUUAACAAUGAGAAAUAAACAGCAAUUAAUUAAAUUUAAAGAUCAGAUACAUGAAAAUGUUUUAUUUAAAAUUAUACCACUAUCUACAAUGAAUACUAAUCAAAUAAAAAUAGAAACAUAUUUUAAAUAA